AAAACAGUAUAUAUAUUUAAAUCAUCACCUUUUGUUUAUAUAUAAAGUAUUAUCUUUAUAUAUAUGUUGUUGUAAAAAUGUAAAAUGUUGUAAUCUUUAAUUAGCAUUUUAAUAAUAUAUUUUAAGACUAUUUUAAUUUUUCACUCUAAAUUUUGUAAAUUAUCCUCUGUUCAUUAUAAAAUAUUUAAUAACGAUGGCAACGUAUCACGAGAACUAUAUUAACAAUCCACUUGUCAAAGCGCUCAUGACUGGCACUCUCUUAGAACUUAAAGAAGUUCUAAAUAAUAGAUAUCAACAGUAUAAAAACCACAAUAAAAUCGAUUCUUCUACAAACAACGAAGAUUCUGUACAAUCUAAUCUAAAAUCUGACGCAAAUGACCCAAAUUUUGAACCAAAAGAUGAUUUAAAAGAUUCCAAAGCUGGCCUAAAUGAUAAUUUGAAUGUGGUAGAGAAGACCAUUGAAGAGUUGGUGGAUGGGAACACAAGAAUAACACCUUUAUGCCAGUUAUCACAUAAAACAAACGAAGAAAGUUUGGAAAUAGCGAAGCUAUUGGUGGAGGAUUACCUGCUUUGUAAUCCGAAUCACGUGGAUUUGAUUGGCCAAACAUGUUUGUUUUACUCUGCCAGGGAUGGAAGGGGCGAACUUUGUUCAUAUUUCUGUAAAAAAGGCUGUGACCCUAAUCAUAAAGAUAGAUUAGGGCAAACUUGUGUUUUUUAUGCCGCUAGAGAUGGGCAUUCAGAAGUCAUAAAGGUACUAGUAGAGCACGGCGCAGAUGUAAAUGUCACUGACGCUAAUAGUCAAACCUGUUUAUUUUACGCGGCCAGAGACGGUAGAGUUGAAGCUGUCAAGGUUCUACUUGAGAAAAACAUUAAUCACGGCUGGAAGGAUUUGCAGAGAAGAACUGCACUUUCAUUUGCUAAAUCCAAAGGACAUAAUGAAAUCGUUAACCUUUUAAAGAAGUCAACACCUGAAAAACAAACUUCAACUCCCCAAAAACGGACAUUAGAAUCAGAGCAAUCGGGAACAUUUGAGGGUGACCCGUUUAGUGGAGUACCGAUGGUGACUGGUGACGUGUUUAGUAAUAAGCCUAAGAGAUAUAGGUUACAGUACAGACCAUUUGCAGAAGACGAUAAGUUAUGGCUUGAUGCUCCUUUAAUAAAGGUCCAGGAGUUUGAGUUAAGGUUUCCCGACCUUGCGAAGUGGGAUAAGGAGGCGGCCUUCCCACCAAGUAACACACUUAGAAAUCCAUUACUAAAGCAAUGGUAUUCCCUGGCGCAGAAUUUGCUAAGUACACUUUUUAAACAGGACGGAGGGUACGUGUUCGAGAAACCAGUUGAUGCAAAGAAACAAAACUGUCCAGACUACUAUGACAUCAUUAAGAAGCCAAUGUCAUUCAGCUGCAUUAGAGGAAAACUGAGAAAGAACACCUACACUGACCCUCAACAGUUUAUAGAUGACGUUCUGCUCAUCUUUGACAAUUGCUCAAAGUACAAUAAGCCUGAAACUUGGAUAGCGACCGUUGGUAACAGGCUCAGGGAUUUCUUCAAAAACCAACUCUUGACAUUGGGAUUCAACGAGUUUUGUAAGAAGGAACAACUUGUAAAACAACUCCUAGAACAGUCCUCUCAAUACUUAAAAAGUCAAAAUAAGACCGCUGAUUCUACCAACGUAGAUGCUACUAAUGGUGUUAAUGGUACCAACCCUACUGCUGGUGUUAAUGUGAGUAAUGGAGUUCAAGAAAAACUGAAAGAUUUAUCAAAUGCAAACAUAUCAGAGCCUUUAAAAACAAGUGAAGAGCAGAAACCGCUCGAUGUUAAGGCUGAAAAUGUCCAGGAAAUUGAAUUUUAAUAAG